AUGCUCAUUCGGGACACAAUUCUGCAACAUUUAGUUUCAAAUAGACUUAUAUUUGAGGAGCAAACUGGUUUUGUUCCAAACAAAUCAUGCACAACAAAUCUUAUUGAGACAAUUGACACAAUUACAUUUGAAACUGCAAAAGGUAAACCGUUUCGCGUCAUAUAUCUUGACUUCGCAAAGGCUUUUGAUAAAGUAGAACACAAAAGAUUGUUGACAAAGAUUAGAGCGUAUGGUAUAACUGGCAAAAUAUACAACUGGAAUGAAGUUUUCUUGCAAAUAGGAAACAAAGAGUUGCUAUUAGUAAUACAGUUUCAGAAUGGGUAUCAAUUACCAGUGGCGUGCCUCAGGGUUCCGUUUUGGGUUCAAUGUUGUUUCUGCUAUUCAUAA